CCCUGCCCCUCCCCGCCCCUUCCCCCGCCUCCGGCCCGGCCCCCUCCUCCUCAGGUGAGGCAGCCAGGCCUAGCAGGCCCCACGCCGCUGCCUCUGCCUCCGGGCCACCGCUGCUGCGGGGCCACCAUGCCCCUGCCCAGGCCUGGAGACUGACCCGAAGAGGGCACUAUCUCUCAGCUCCGCCCCCACCUGCCGGACCCCAGGGUCCCACCCCGGCCCAGGAGGUCAGCCGGGGAAUCAUUAACAAGAGGCUGUGACAUGGCGGAGAAGGAGGGUGGCCGGACUGUGCCAUGCUGUUCCGGACCCAAGGUGGCAGCUCUCACCGCGGGGACCCUGCUGCUCCUGACAGGCAUCGGGGCAGCGUCCUGGGCCAUUGUGACCUUUCUACUCAAGAGUGAUCAGGAGCCGCUGUAUCCGGUGCAGGUCAGCCCGGCCGAUGCCCGGCUCAUGGUGUUCGACGACACGGAGGGCACGUGGCGGCUGCUGUGUUCCUCGCGCUCCAACGCCAGGGUGGCGGGCCUGGGCUGCGAGGAGAUGGGCUUCCUCAGGGCCCUGGGCCACUCGGAGCUGGACGUGCGGACGGCGGGCGCCAACGGCACGUCGGGCUUCUUCUGCGUGGACGAGGGGAGGCUGCCGCUGGCCCGGAGGCUGCUCGAGGUCAUCUCUGUGUGUGACUGUCCCAGGGGCCGUUUCCUGGCUACCGUCUGCCAAGACUGUGGCCGUAGGAAGCUGCCUGUGGAUCGCAUCGUGGGAGGCCAAGACACCAGCCUGGGCAGGUGGCCGUGGCAAGUCAGUCUCCGUUACGAUGGAGCACACCUCUGUGGAGGGUCCCUGCUCUCCGGAGACUGGGUGCUGACAGCCGCCCACUGCUUCCCUGAGCGGAACCGGGUCCUGUCUCGAUGGCGAGUGUUUGCCGGCGCUGUGGCCCAGGCCUCACCGCAUGGCCUGCAGCUGGGGGUGCAGGCAGUAGUCUACCACGGGGGCUAUCUCCCCUUUCGAGACCCCAACAGUGAGGAAAACAGCAAUGAUAUCGCCCUGGUCCACCUGUCCAGCCCCCUGCCCCUCACGGAAUACAUCCAGCCCGUGUGCCUCCCGGCUGCCGGCCAGGCCCUGGUGGACGGCAAGAUCUGUACCGUAACUGGCUGGGGCAACACGCAGUACUACGGCCAACAGGCUGGGGUACUCCAGGAGGCCCGAGUCCCCAUAAUCAGCAAUGAGGUCUGCAACGGCCCCGACUUCUACGCGAACCAGAUCAAGCCCAAGAUGUUCUGUGCCGGCUACCCUGAGGGUGGCAUUGACGCCUGCCAGGGUGACAGCGGUGGCCCCUUCGUGUGUGAGGACAGCAUCUCUCGGACGCCACGUUGGCGGCUGUGUGGCAUCGUGAGCUGGGGCACCGGCUGUGCCCUGGCCCAGAAGCCGGGUGUCUACACCAAAGUCAGUGACUUCCGGGAGUGGAUCUUCCAGGCCAUAAAGACUCACUCCGAAGCCAGCGGCAUGGUGACCCAGCUCUGACCUGUGGCUUCUCCUUGAUGCGCACGCCUCUGGGGCCCAAGUUCACCUAGGUGGCUCCAGCCCCACCAGGGUGAACCCCACCCUGGGCCCGGAAUGGGACGUUUUUCUUCUUGGGCUGAGCCCACAGGUCCAAGGAUACCCUCCCUCCAGGCUCCUCUCUUCCACAGUGGCGGGCCCACUCAGCCCUGGGACCACCUGAGCCUCACCCUCCUGACCCCCAUGUAAAUAUUGUUCUGCCAUCUGGGGACCCCCAUCUAGGUGCCCAUGAUGACAGGAUGCUCUUUAAAUAAUAAAGAUGGUUUUGAUUAA